AUGUCCAAGGCAGUAUACAUCGCCCCAAUUGAUGGCAAACCCGGCAAGCCCGGUCAAGUUUAUUACCCACUCACCGUGCGCACCCUGCCCAAACCAACUCCGCAGGGCAGCGAGCUACUUAUUAAGCUCACCGCCGCGUCGCUCAACCACCGCGACCUAUUCCUCCGCCAACACCUAUACCCAGGUGUCACAUUCGAUGUUCCCCUCCUAGCCGACGGAGUCGGAGUCGUGAUUGGUGCCGGACCCAACGUCCCAGACAACAAAUGGCAAGGCAAACGAGUCGUCCUGAACCCUGGUAUCGGCUGGAAAGACUCCCCCGACGGACCUGAGGAGGCAACAGGGUACCGGAUUAUGGGCGGAACGAAAGUUUACGACAAGGGUACUCUGCAGGAAUAUAUUACGAUUGAUGAGUCGGAGGUUGAAGAGGCGCCGGCACAUCUUUCUGACGCUGAAGCCGCGGCGUUACCAUUGACUGGUUUGACUGCUUGGCGGGCUCUUGUUACGAAGGGCGGAGAGCGGAACUCGAAGGACGGUGCUGCUGUUCUGAUUACUGGUAUUGGGGGUGGCGUUGCUUUGAUGGCGCUGCGGUUUGCGGUUGCGAGGGGUGCUCACGUCUUUGUGACUAGUUCUAGUCAGGAGAAGCUUCAGAAGGCCGUUGAGCUUGGAGCGGCUGGCGGUGUGAGUUAUAAGGAAGAUGGAUGGGAGAAGAAGCUUUUGAGCAUGCUUCCUUCUGGAAAGAAGAACUUUGAUGCUAUAAUUGAUGGGGCUGGUGGUGAUUCUAUUGAGAAGGCGGUUAAGUUGUUGAAGGCUGGUGGUGUUCUAUCUAUCUACGGAAUGACUGUCUCACCGAAAAUGACGUUCUCGAUGCAGGCUGUCCUGAAGAACAUUGAUGUUCGUGGCUCUACCAUGGGUUCUCGCAAGGAGUUCUUGGAAAUGAUGAACUACGUCAAGGCAAAGAACAUCCACCCUGUUGUCUCUCGUGUCCUGCAAGUCGAGAUUGAUGAUCUGGCUGCAAUUGAUGACCUCUUUGAAGAUAUGAAGCAGGCCAAGCAGUUUGGAAAGUUGGUAAUCGACUUCGGAAAGACCUCGAGCAGCAAGCUGUAG